CACACACAUACACACACACACACACACACACACACACACAACAAGCUGGACACAUUAAAAGUCGAGAGCGCGGCAGCUGGAUGAUGUCAUAUCCGUGAAGAAUUGUCCCUAAACGCAGCGAGGUUUUUCUCUGCAUGCAUCCCCACAAACUUUUCUCCUCUCGUGCAGUGGCGACGUUGUUCCCCGCUGCCCAGGGGACGAGUGUAUGGCUGUGCCCCCCUCCUCCUCCGCAGAAGUCGUGUUUUUCACCAGCGCCUAGUAGACUAGGUGGCGCGAGCCCACGGGAAGAAACUUGCGUGAAAAUUGUUGUGAGCGUCGCGGAGGAGGAGGAGGAGGAGGAGGAGGAGGCGGAGGAGGGAAACAUACUGCAGCCGUCAGGAUGUGGUCUCUGUCCGUGGUCCUGAACCCGCUGCUGUUCCUGCUGCUGUUCGGAUACUGCCCGUCAGUGACCAUCAGGCCAAAGGAGGGGUGGCAGGUGUACAGCUCCGCUCAAGAUGCAGAUGGGCGUUGUAUCUGCACGGUGGUGGCACCUGAACAGAAUCUGUGCUCCAGAGAUGCCAAAGGCAGACAGCUCCGCCAGCUACUGGAGAAGGUGCAGAACAUGUCGCAGUCAAUCGAGGUGCUGAACCUGCGGACGCAGAGGGACUUUCAGUACAUCAUGAGGAUGGAGAGCCAGAUCAAAGGACUGCGGUCAAAGUUUCGACAGAUCGAGUCUGACAGGAAGACGCUCGUCAACAAAAACUUUCAGGAGUUAAAGGGGAAGAUGGAGUCCCUGCAGCCGCUGAUCCCAGUCCUGGAGCAAUACAAGACCGACGCCAAGCUCAUCUCCCAGUUCAAAGAGGAGAUCAGGAACCUGUCUGCCGUGCUGAUGGGCAUCCAGGAGGAAAUGGGAGCCUACGACUACGAGGAGCUGCAGCAGAGAGUCCUAAACCUGGAAAAUCGGCUCCGCAACUGCAUGAGCAAACUCACAUGUGGCAGGCUAAUGAAGAUCACUGGGCCGCAGACUGUGAAAACUUCAGGGACCAGAUUUGGAGCCUGGAUGACCGACCCGCAGGCGUCUCCCAAAAACAACAGGGUCUGGUACAUGGACAGCUACACCAACAACAAGAUAGUAAAAGAGUAUAAAUCCAUCCCCGAUUUUGUGGCGGGAGUCGAGUCGAGAACCUACAACCUGCCUUUCAAAUGGGCCGGCACCGACCACGUGGUUUACAACGGCUCCCUGUACUACAACAAGAUGCAGAGCAACAUCGUAGUGAGGUACAGCUUCGAGACGGGCCGCGUGGUCACUCAGAGGGCGCUGGAGUCCGCGGGGUUUCAUAACGUGUACCCUUACACCUGGGGAGGCUUCUCCGACAUCGACCUGAUGGCGGAUGAGCUGGGCCUGUGGGCGGUGUACGCCACUAACCAGAACGCGGGGAACAUCGUGAUCAGCCAGCUGAACCCGGAUACUCUGCAGAUCCUCAACACGUGGGACACGGAGUACUCGAAGAGGAACGCCGGCGAGUCUUUUAUGAUCUGUGGGACGCUCUACAUCACUAACUCCCAUCUCACCGGUGCUAAGGUGUACUAUGCCUACUCCACUAAAACCUCCACGUACGAGUACACAGACAUUCCCUUUCACAACCAGUACUUCCACAUGUCCAUGUUGGACUACAACGCCAGGGACCGCGCCCUCUACGGCUGGAACAACGGCCACCAAGUCCUGUUUAAUGUCACGCUUUUCCACAUCAUUAAGACUGAAGACGACUCUUAAGGGGAGGACAAUUAUGAACUGUACACGUAGAAGAGAUUAUGAAAACAAGGUAAAAAUGGAUUGUUGCGCCUGAAUGUUCUUAUAAAUGUUAUUUAUUUAUUUAUGACAUUCUGCUGAUUUGUUUUGGGCAUUAUUUGUAAAUGUUUUACCGUUAUCUUGCUAUUUGCCUGUUUUCAUAUGAAAAGUUAAUCAAUUAAGAUAUUCUCCAUGCGAAAACUUAACAUUUUCUCUUCAAUAAUGAGUGGCCUCAUAAAUUAAAAUGAGUGCAUUUAUGAAACAUUAUUUAAUAAUGGAACUAAUAGCAACUUUUAACACAAAAACAUACAACUUCAUUUCCACAGUCCUUUUCUCUACAAAAUGAAAGCUUUUUCCGGGACAAAGUCUACAUUUUCAUAAUGCUUUUUCUCAUUCAGUCUUGAUUUUAUUCAUGCCCACUAAUGUAUUCAUACUUUUACUGUGUUCACUAAUUGUUCGUUUUGUUUCCUUUCUUUCCUUGCCAUUUAUUCAUCAUCUUCUGCUAAUUCAUUCCCGUCUCUCACUUCCUCCAUUUGGCUUUCUAAGUAACGUGGGACUCUUCCUUUCAAAAGUUUUUGCACUUGACCUUGUACAAGACAAUGAGAAAUGUAGUGAAUCAUGAUAAUGCACCUGUAUAGAUUCUGUACUUGGCUUUUGUGUGUCUAUGAAGAUUCUCAGUCACCCGGUUCAUAUUUAUGUCUUGAAGUCAAAGUACUUCAGCAAACAGCAAAACUGGUUGCCUUUUAUUUAGUACUAUGAGAUGUUGGCUUUUUUGUAACUUUCAGCAAGUUUGUAUGCCUUAUUCAGUGCGGUUUGUUCUGUGAGCCAGAGGAUAACAGCUCUUGUGCAUGAAUGUUGGCUGUCCUAGAAGCAUUUUUACUGUAACUGUACAUCUGUGUUUUUUGUAUCCGCACAACAUCCCAUUUUCCUCCUCUCAAACUAUAUUAAAUGGUUUAUUUAUACACACAACAGUAGAUAUCUUUAAUAAGCUUUAAUCAUGUAAAUAUAUACAUAACCAAAAUAAAAAGUAUUGUUUUCAUUAAGCCAGUGCACUGUGUAUCAUGUCAGAAAAAUCUAGAAGGAGACACUGAAAUGCCUCAAAUAUGGAGUAGCACUGCUCUAUAAUUUAAUGUGACAACACUUGAAAUUAUAGACCAGGGUGCAGCAAUGCUAUUGUGCCAAAAAAUGGUUUCCAUUGUCCUCUAAAAAGGACACAGUGACUGAGGAUUUUUGAUCAUUUGCGUGACUACUUCAUUCAUUUUACGUCGCUGUAAAUCUUUGUCAGGGCUUUUUUUUAUUUGCUGUUUUUCUGGUUACAUUCAGUCAUUGAACAAAGAAUCAGAUCUUUCACUCGGGUAAGAGUAACUAUACCACAAGGAACAAAUGCUUUAAACUAAAAAUGUUUAGAAAAAGUACCAAUAGUAAAGUAAAAAUAAUCAUGAUGCAGGAUGACAAAAUCUACAUCGAAAUCUAUAUACACUGCCUGGCCAAAAAAAAAAUCACAAGCCUGUGGGGGCAGUGCUAUGAUCUGGGGUUGCUGCAGUUGGUCUGGUCUAGGUUCAGCAAUGUGCCCAAAGAAUGAGGUCAGCUGACUACCUGAAUAUACUGAACGACCAGGUUAUUCCAUCAAUGGAUUUUUUUGUUCCCUGAUGGCACGGGCAUGUUCCAAGAUGACAAUGCCAGGAUCCAUCGGGCUCAGAUUUUGAAAGAGUGGUUCAGGGAGCAUGAGACAUCAUUUUCACACAUGGAUUGGCCCCCACAGAGUCCAGACCCAAACCCGAUUGAGAAUCUUUGGGAUGUGCUGGAGAAGACUUUGCGCAGUGGUCCGAAUCUCCCGUCAUCAAUACAAGAUCUUGGCAAAAAAUUAAUGCAAGACAGAAAUAAAUGUUGUGACGUUGCAGAAGCUCGUGGAAACGAUGCCGCAGCGAAUGUGUGCCGUAAUGAAAGCUAAAGGCGGUCCAACGAAAUAUUAGAGUGUGUGAACUUUUUUUUGGCCAGGCAGUGUACAUUUAUAUGCACUGCAACAUAGUAAAUGAGUCAUUAAAAGUCUCAAAUCCUGCUGUUGAUAUCUGAUU